UGAUUCUCUGGGAUAAGGCCUGGCUGAAACUACAGCCAACUAAAUGCUUGUCAUCACCGCCUUACAACUGUGGGGCUCAGAUGAUUUUGACCCAAGGAUAACACCAAUAAAGCAAAAUACUGAGCCAUCUACCCAUCCACAAAUCUUAAACAGUGUUUGCUACUUACUCAGGACUGGGCUGGUUCCUAUGGGAGGGAUGUAAAGAAAUAAAAGGCACACGCCUACCUUUCAAAGAAUAUUGGGGCUGAUGCUUGUCACAGCUCCUUUAAUUGGGGCUUUCAGAAAAAAGCAAACAUCCCACAACAAAUAAACUAAUUCUCUCACCUGUGUGGAAGAUGAGUCAUUUCUUUUUAUGGAGCUUUAGGGCCCUCGCAAAUGUUGUUUAUGCCACAGUCCAAAGUAUAGACCCUGUUUUAUUGUAACUAUUGAUAAAUGCUACACGAGGGUCCUGUUUUGUGAGAACUGUUCAUGACUGCAUCAUAGUGCUGGAACAGUUCAUGGCACACUAUAGUUGCAUGAUAAAUACUUGUUGCAUGAAUAAAUGCUGAAAGAACUGCUUUCUGACUCCAGUGUAUCUUCUCUCUAAUGAAAAACACCUCCUCCCUUCGUCACUCACCCCUAGAAUGGCUAGGGUCAUUGUCCACUUAGCUCUUCUCAUUUUAACCCUGUAGUGACAGUGAACGGAUUUAAAAUCCCUGAUCCUCUAGGGCACAGGCUUUCACUAAGUAUUUUCUGGGUGGCUAAAUGGACACAGAGGUUACCACAUGCUACCUGGCUCCUUGAAUGUCUCCCUGUCCUCCAGGAGGGGCAACAUGGUACCCUGAAUUAGAAAAAUCCAGCAAAACAGGUCCCCUUCUCAAUCUUCCUCUUCAAAACUAGCGCAUAACAGCUUGUGUUUCUACUCCCUGAGGACCUGGGGUUGGGAAUGAGUCUCAUUAAUUCCUAGAGGAAGCCUGGCUCAAGGAACAAGCAAUGAACCACACUGUUCUGCCCAGUAAGCUCAAGGCUGGGUCUGCAGGGAUGAUAAAGGUUUGUCAUGUUGAGUCUGGAGUUUGACUACAUGUGCCAGUAUGACUAUGUUGAGGUUCGUGAUGGAGACAACCGUGAUGGCCAGAUCAUCAAGCGUGUCUGUGGCAACGAGCGGCCAGCUCCUAUCCAGAGCACGGGAUCCUCACUCCACGUCCUCUUCCAUUCCGAUGGCUCCAAGAAUUUUGAUGGCUUCCAUGCCAUUUUUGAGGAGAUCACAGCAUGCUCCUCAUCCCCUUGUUUCCAUGACGGCACCUGCGUCCUUGACAAGGCUGGAUCUUACAAGUGUGCCUGCUUGGCAGGCUAUACUGGGCAGCGCUGUGAAAAUCUUCUGGAGGCUGGGAAGUCCAACAUCAAGGCGUCAGAAGAUUCGUUGUCUGUCCUUGAAGAAAGAAACUGCUCAGACCCUGGGGGCCCAGUCAAUGGGUACCAGAGAAUAACAGGGGGCCCUGGGCUUAUCAAUGGACGCCAUGCUAAAAUUGGCACCGUUGUGUCUUUCUUUUGUAACAACUCCUAUGUUCUUAGUGGCAAUGAGAAAAGAACUUGCCAGCAGAAUGGAGAGUGGUCAGGGAAACAGCCCAUCUGCAUAAAAGCCUGCCGAGAACCAAAGAUUUCAGACCUGGUGAGAAGGAGAGUUCUUCCAAUGCAAGUUCAGUCAAGGGAGACACCAUUACACCAGCUAUACUCAGCAGCCUUCAGCAAGCAGAAACUGCAGAGCGCCCCUACCAAGAAGCCAGCCCUUCCCUUUGGAGAUCUGCCUAUGGGAUACCAACAUCUGCAUACCCAGCUCCAGUAUGAGUGCAUCUCACCCUUCUACCGCCGCCUGGGCAGCAGCCGGAGGACAUGUCUGAGGACUGGGAAGUGGAGUGGGCGGGCACCAUCCUGCAUCCCUAUCUGUGGGAAAAUUGAGAACAUCACUGCUCCGAAGACCCAAGGGUUGCGCUGGCCGUGGCAGGCGGCCAUCUACAGGAGGACCAGCGGGGUGCAUGAUGGCAGCCUACACAAGGGAGCGUGGUUCCUAGUCUGCAGCGGUGCCCUGGUGAAUGAGCGCACCGUGGUGGUGGCUGCCCACUGUGUUACUGACCUGGGGAAGGUCACCAUGAUCAAGACAGCAGACCUGAAAGUUGUUUUGGGGAAAUUCUACCGGGAUGAUGACCGGGAUGAGAAGACCAUCCAGAGCCUACGGAUUUCUGCUAUCAUUCUGCAUCCCAACUAUGACCCCAUCCUGCUUGAUGCUGACAUCGCCAUCCUGAAGCUCCUAGACAAGGCCCGUAUCAGCACCCGAGUCCAGCCCAUCUGCCUCGCUGCCAGUCGGGAUCUCAGCACUUCCUUCCAGGAGUCCCACAUCACUGUGGCUGGCUGGAAUGUCCUGGCAGACGUGAGGAGCCCUGGCUUCAAGAACGACACACUGCGCUCCGGGGUGGUCAGUGUGGUGGACUCGCUGCUGUGUGAGGAGCAGCAUGAGGACCAUGGCAUCCCGGUGAGUGUUACUGAUAACAUGUUCUGUGCCAGCUGGGACCCCACUGCCCCUUCUGAUAUCUGCACUGCAGAGACAGGAGGCAUCGCGGCUGUGUCCUUCCCGGGACGAGCAUCUCCUGAGCCACGCUGGCAUCUGAUGGGACUGGUCAGCUGGAGCUAUGAUAAAACAUGCAGCCACAGGCUCUCCACUGCCUUCACCAAGGUGUUGCCUUUUAAAGACUGGAUUGAAAGAAACAUGAAAUGAACCAUGCUCCUGCACUCCUUGAGAAGUGUUUCUGUAUAUCCAUCUGUACAUGUGUCAUUGCGUGAAGCAGUGUGGGCCUGAAGUGUGAUUUGGCCUGUGAACUUGGCUGUGCCAGGGCUUCUGACUUCGGGGACAAAACUCAGUGAAGGGUGAGUAGACCUCCGUUGCUGGUAGGCUGAUGCCACCCCCACUACUAGGACAGCCAAUUGGAAGAUGCCAGGGCUUGCAAGAAGUAAGUUUCUUCAAAGAAGACCGUAUACAAAACCUCUCCACUCCACUGACCUGGUGGCCUUCCCCAACUUUCAGUUACACGAAUGCCAUCAGCUUGACCAGGGAAGAUCUGGGCUUCAUGAGGCCCCUUUUGAGGCUCUCAAGUUCUAGAGAGCUGCCUGUGGGACAGCCCAGGGCAGCAGAGCUGGGAUGUGGUGCAUGCCUUUGUGUACAUGGCCGCAGUACAGUCUGGCCCUUUUCCUUCCCCAUCUCUUGUACACAUUUUAAUAAAACAAGGGUUGGCUUCUGAACUACAAAA